AUGUCUAACCAGGAGGCAAAACCUUCAACCGAAGACUUGGGGGAUAAGAAGGAAGAAGAAUACAUUAAACUCAAAGUCAUUGGACAGGAUAGCAGUGAGACUCACUUCAAAGUGAAAAUGACAGCACAUCUCAAGAAACUCAAAGAAUCAUAUGGUCAAAGACAGGGAGUUCCAAUGAAUUCACUCAGGUUUCUCUUUGAAGGACAGAGAAUUGCUGAUAAUCAUACUCCAAAAGAACUGGGAAUGGAGGAAGAAGAUGUGAUUGAAGUUUAUCAGGAACAAAAGGAGGGUCAUUCAACAGUUUAG